GAAACCGACGCAUGUGGAAUACCUCUCAAUCCAACCUGGUCCGUUAAGGAGCUUCUUUCGUCGUAUCCGUCGCCAACCUUGUCUUCUUCCACUUUCCGGCGGCUUCACGAAUUAUCUGCCCUCAUACCACCCGCUGAGGAAACACCAGAACAUGCUGAGAUAAAGACGGAAUUCGAGGAGUUAGUCAGGCUUGUCGAAGCUGUCAAACUCGUUCAACUCGACGACUACCCCAGCGAUACCAUUCCGGAUGGGAGGAUAUGGGCCGAGGGCAAGGGACUACCUCUAGAGAGCAGCUCUUCCACAGAGGGAGAUGAAGUGCAAGGGAGAGACCUGCUU